AUGGCGGCCUCGUCGUCAAAGCAGCCUCGCGGUGGUUUACCAGCUGCAAAAAGGACUGCAGAAUUGAAGGCAUCCAAGCCAUCCAAAACUACAUCGCGGAAGGGCAAAGGGAGGGAGCCAGUUUUGGCAGACUCGACAAAUGCUCAGGGAUCGGUAGUUGGUGGCGAAGGAGAGGGACUGGCAGUUUGGAACUGGGUUUCCUUGACAGAGUCUGCAGUCAGCAAGUGCUCACCGGUUUUCACGAAGAAUGGGAGUUACUUCUUUUCACUGGUCGGGCCCUCAGUAAAAGUACAUUCGACGACGACCGGUCGGAUCGUGUCCACCCUCACUGCACCUUGUCCAGAGGGUAGGGAAUCGCGGUCGCAAGCACUGACUUGUGCCAUCAUAAACCCUCAAAAUGCCUUCCAGUUAAUCACUGGUUCACUCAAUGGAUGCAUAUCGGUGUGGGAUUUCAUGGAGGCCACUCUUCUUCAAGUAUUCGACAUUGAGAAGCCAAUACAUCAUCUCUGUGCUCAUCAUAGACUCAAAGAUGUGGUAUUCGUGACCACCACCAAGACGAAUAGAGGGCGUAAAGACGAAAGUGGGGCAGUGCUUCGUGUUUCUCUUUUGCGCAGCUCGUCGACAUCAAAACUUGUACAGAAACCUGAGGAUGUACUUUCAGUUGGCAAAACGCGGUCACCCAUGGGAUUGGCCCUCUCUCCUAGUGGUGAUUGGCUUGUGGCCAUAGGCGGCAACACAUCAUAUGUCGCUGCCACUUCUGCACUGCAAUCCGGCUUUACGAAAUUUGUCUCGCCUGAGCAUCUAACAUGCCUCGCUUUCCAUCCCACAGAGGAAUAUUAUGCGACCGGAGAUAGCAAAGGAUGUGUUCGUCUGUGGUAUUGCAUUGGCCAGAAUCCGCAAAUUGAAACUGUUGGCCUCGAGAAAAAGUCCCAAACAAGUUCAUUUCACUGGCAUGCUCACGCCGUGGCGUCAAUUGCCUUUACCUCAAAUGGCGCGUACUUGUUAAGUGGAGGCGAGGAGUCAGUGUUGGUAAUUUGGCAGGUUCACACUGGGAGAAAGGAAUUCGUACCUCGGGUUGGAGCCGCCAUCAAUGCUAUCACCGUGUUGAGGGAAGGAGAUGGUCCAGAGGAAUAUCUGCUUGGCUUAGUAGACGCCACAUACCUAUUCAUCAACCCCGCCAGCCUCAAGGUGUCAAGAACAUUUUCACAAAUCAAACUUGAUCCGUCAAGUUCAACGACGCAUUCCAACGAUGCCCCACUUGCCAUUCACAGGCUUACCUCGACCAUCGUCCUUCCUUCCUCCCAUCCCUCGUCACUUCAAGUCUACGCCCCAUUUUCCUCUGAACUCGUUUCUGAGAUAGAAAUUUCUCCGUCAAAUCGCAUAUCCCGUCGCGAUGAAACUCCCAUAGAAGCAUAUCGAGUAGAGAACACUCAGAUUUCUGCAUCUGGAGAAUGGAUGGCCACGCUUGACUGCCGUGCCGGUGACGACAACUUCAGGGGUGACAUAUUUCUGAAAUUCUGGAAAUGGCAUCACAAACCUGGGGUCUGGAUACUGAACACCAGAAUCGAUCAUCCUCAUGACCUUGGCGCUGUCACUUCGAUGGCCUUCAAGUCCUCCGAUAGUGACGAUCCUCUUCAACUUGUCACCACCGGAGCCGACUCUCAUGUCAAAAUCUGGAGACUCAAGUCAAUCAAGACGCCCGGGGAAGUCGAAGAGUCAUGGGUGAUAAGAUCUGCAAUCAAGUUUAAAGAUGGCUCCCCCAGUCACGCCUCCUGGUCUCAUGAUGGCUCAAUUUUGGCAGCAUCUUGUGGGCCUCAUGUCGCCCUCUACGAACCCUCUACCAGCGCGUUUCUGUGCAACCUGACCUCCCCACAAUGCAAAAACAUUACAUCUGCAUAUUUCAUCGGACGAUCGGCACGUUAUCUUGCCGCUAUGAGCCCAGUUAGUGUUACCCUGUGGGAUAUUGUUAGUCAAACCGUACGAUGGCGUUUCGUAUCCUCUCAGUCUUUGGACUUCCUUGUCCCUCAUUCCACCUGUGACUCGUUCGUCCUUAUGGCCAAGCCAACAGAAUCUGUUGAGCAGCCUGAAACGUGCGCUUGGACCUUCGACGUAUCUUCUUCAGUGCCAACGUCCACCCAACGCUUGCCAUAUGGGUUCCGUAAUGUUAUGUGGUAUUCCUUGCCGUUCGUCGCUCCUACCUCUGCAUCCAAUUUCCGGUUGGUGGGGAUCACGCGGAGCUGGGGUGUUGUGAUCAUGGGGCAAGGCAUUCAACCGUUAUCGCAAGGAAGCUCUGGUACAGAGCGUCUCAGUGGGGAAGCGCCCGCGAAGAAAACACUCUUCCAAGACGUGUUUGGCGUGUCACUGCUCGACGCGGUAACCACAGCGUCCCCCAGCGUUGAAGAGGUGACUCGAUCUCGACGGAGGAAAGAACGACGGACCCUUGUCGAUGGGCCCACUCAUUCCAUGCCGCCAUUGGACACUGUAUUCGACACCUUCGUUGACUUUGUCAUUCAAGAACGUGCAGCACCAGCCCUACCCAACAAAGGCGACUCUUCCCAUGAUAUGGAAGUCGAAGAAGCAGCAGAAGACCCCGUAGUACGAGAGCGAAAAUACACACGCAUUGUUGACGACGCAGAGAUGCAAGUUUUCGUCGAUCUAUUUAAACGUCAAGCCAUUGAUCACGUUCGUCCUCGUACCACUCAUGUUAAUGGUCAUGCCACCCGCAAGGCAAACGGCACGACAAAUGGCAAUACAAAUGGCGCUCAUCACCGAACUCCCCAACCACCCAAGCCGACCGACCCCUCGCCUAAUAAAAAGGGCACUAAAUCGUCUUUACAACCGACGACACCUAUGCCUGCGGUUAUGCCAUCGCCGUCACCUUCACCCAUAAAUGGCAGGAAAAGAAAGAAAUCACUUGAUUAA